AUGACGACGACCGGUGGACUCUCCCGCCGCCGUGUUCCCAACGCCUCAGGGUCCUCCGCAAACGACGCAAACGGCGACAACUGGGGCGGGUCGCCCACUACGCCCACCAGCAACGGCGGGGGGCUGUCUACACAUAGCUCCAUUCACUCGCUCUCGCACGCAGGUAGCGCGUUCGAGGGUGGGAGCAAAAUCGCGUACGAUCCCCGCGACCUCGAGAACGCGGACGAGGACCAGCGCCAGGGCGGUCGCGCACCCAAACUCACGAUCAUGGAGGAGGUACUACUGCUUGGCUUGAAAGACAAACAGGGUUACCUUUCAUUCUGGAACGACAACAUCUCUUAUGCCCUACGUGGAUGCAUCCUCAUCGAACUCGCGCUCCGCCGACGAAUAGCCCUCGUCAAAGAUCCGAACCGAAGACACCUACCACCCGCGGAGCGCAUCGUUGAAGUAAUUGAUGACCGGCAAACCGGGGAGACGCUACUGGACGAGACGCUCAAGAUGAUGAAGGCGCAGGAGGAAGUAGAGCGGAUGUCUGUCAACACGUGGAUAGACCUCCUCAGCGGCGAGACAUGGAACGUAAUGAAGAUCGGCUUCCAACUUAAGCAGGUCCGCGAGCGGCUAGCAAAGGGGCUCGUGGACAAGGGCGUCCUGCGCACGGAGAAGCGCAACUUCCUCCUGUUCGAUAUGGCGACACACCCGGUUGCGGACAUGCGCGCGAAGGAGACGAUCGUCGCGCGCGUGGUUGUGCUGCUCACGUCAACGACAUCCGCCGUCCCCGCGCAGGCACUGCAGAAGGAGGGCACGCAGGCACGGCACGCGCGCGCGGUGUGCCUCGUGUGCGCCGCAUACGCCGCGAGCGUGCUGGACAACGGGUUCACGCGGCUGUCGUACGAGGAGCGCGAGGCGGCGUUCCAGCGGUGCGACGACAUCCUGGCCGAGUUCGCGUGCUGGCCGUUCGGCUCGUCAACGUCGACGAGCAAGGCGGGUGGGCCGACGCGGAGGCGCGAGGCGUCGCGGAUCGGGAUGGGGAGCGUGGGAGGCGUGAGCGGGCGCGAGGCGGUGCUGGGGCUUGUGCACGAGGUGCGGAAGGAGAUGCAGGGCGAGGAGGAUCUGUGCUUUGAGCUGGUUUCGGGCGUGCUGGAGGUGCUGUCGAAGCUCGACUCGUUGCUGCUCUAG